AUGGUUACAUUCCCUGAAAUACAGAUCAGCAAGGACAAGCCCCUGCAGGAGCGUUUAUCAGGCUGUCUGAUCUCAGAGGAUGGCUGUGCUUCUUUGGCUUCAGCUCUGAGCUCCAACCCCUCCCAUCUGAAAGAGUUGGACCUGACUUACAAUCAUCCUGGAGACAAAGGAGUGAAGCUGCUGUCAGCUAGACAGAAAGAUCCACUCUGCAAACUGGAAGAUCUCAGGGUAAAGCCUGCUGGAGCCCGAUGGUUGACACUAGGUCUAAAAAAGUAUUUCUGUCAACUCACAAUUGACACAAACACAGUCAGCAAAGAGCUCAAAAUGUCUGAAAACAACAAGAAGGUGACAAAUGGGGAGGGGUUGCAGUGUUAUCCUUCUCAUUCAGAGAGAUUUGAUGUUCCUCAGCUGCUGUGUAGAACUGGUCUGACUGGUCGCUGUUACUGGGAGGUCGAGUGGAAAGGAAAAGUUAAUGUAUCAGUGAGUUACAGAAGAAUCCGGAGGAAAGGAGAUGGUGAAGCCUGUUCGUUUGGAUGGAAUGAUCAGUCCUGGAGUCUUAUAUGCUCUCUCGAUGGUUACUAUAUAAUGCAUAAUAACACACGAACCUUCAUCUCCUCCUCCUCCUCCUCCUCCUCCUCCUCCUCCUCCUCCUCCUCCUCUGGCAGAGUAGCAGUCUAUGUGGAUUGUCCUGCUGGCAUUCUGUCCUUCUACAGAGUCUCCUCUGACUCACUGAUCCACCUCUACACCUUCAACACCACAUUCAACUAUCCUCUUUUUCCUGGGUUUGGGUUUUGGAGGUCCAGUUCUGGUUCCUCAGUGGUUUUGUGCAGAACUGAGUCUAAAUAGUUGCCUCCUGUCAGGUAACCCCUCUCACUAUUCAACAGAUAGUUCCGUCUGUACAUGCCUGUCUAUUUCACCCAGAAACAUGUUUUCAGAUUCAUGGAUUCAAAACCGUUGUUAUUUGACGAGGUAUUACAAAUACUGUUGUAAAAUCAGCCAUGGAGGAUAAAAUCAGACUGUGAGUUUAAAGCCACUGAAUUGUGAGACUUUUACAGGCCUCCAGGUGACUGCCCAUCACAGCUUUAAGGAAUGUAACUCUGUUGGUACUUUGUAAGGAUGGAGGACUAAAGGGAAGAGCAAUUUGGAUGGAUAAAUUUAAUGGCAAACGAGUGCAUUGCUUGCUAACUAAUGAUAGCCUCGUUAAGGGAGUUGUGACAGGGAUCCCAGUGAAUGUGUCAGUUGAUGAAUUCAAAGCAAACAUUACAAAUGCAAAAGUAAAGGAUGUCAACCAUAUGAAACCUUCCAGCAAUGGGGUCUAUUGAGACAGCUUGUCAUUGCCGAUUACGUUUGAGGAAAAUAGACUCCCAGAUUUAUGUUGAAUACAUGUGCUAUGAUGUCAGAUUGAAUAUUCCUCAACCACAUUGAAAGCUUUACAUGUCAAAGACUUGGACAUGUUGCUGCAGCUUGUAAGGGUAAGCAGAGGUGUGGAAAAUGUAGUGGAGAACAUAAGUAUGGAAAAUGUGAGGAAGGGGCGAAGUUGAAAUGUAACUGUAGCGGUGAACACAGUUCAACAUCUAGAGGAUGUGAAGUCAGUAAAAGGGCAGCAGAAAUCCAGAGAGUUAACGUUACUCAAGGAAUCAGUUAUGCAGAGGCCAUAAAGAAGGUACAAAA